CGAGGGUAUGGAGAUGAAGGGUCCUCUCCGGGAACCCUGCACCCUGACCCUAGCCCAAAGGAAUGGGCAGUAUGAGCUAAUAAUCCAGUUGCAUGGGAAGGAACAGCAUGUUCAAGAUAUCAUUCCUAUAAAUAAACACUUCAGAUGUGUUCAAGAAGCAGAAGAAACUCUUUUGAUUGAUAUAGCUUCAAACAGUGGCUGCAAAAUUCGAGUUCAGGGGGACUGGACCAGAGAGCGCCGCUUUGAAAUCCCUGAUGAAGAACACUGUUUGAAGUUCCUCUCAGAGGUCCUUGCUGCUCAGGAAGCUCAGUCACAACUUACUGUUCCAGAGCAAAAGGAGUCGUCCAGUUGGUACCAGAAAUUAGAGACUAAGGACAAACCUUCAGUUUUUUCAGGGCCUCUUGGAUUUGAGGAUAAUUUUUCAUCUAUGAAUUUGGACAAGAAAAUAAAUUCACAAAAUCAGCCUAUGGGGAGUCAUCGGGAACCCCCACCCCCACCCCCUUCAGUGAAUAGAAUGCCUCCACGUGACAAAGAAGCUUCUAACAAGGAACAGCCCAAAGUGACCAACACAAUGCGGAAGCUCUUUGUACCAAAUACCCAGUCUGGGCAGCGGGAGGGUCUCAUCAAACAUAUCCUGGCAAAACGAGAGAAAGAAUAUGUCAACAUUCAGACUUUCAGAUUUUUUGUUGGAACUUGGAACGUGAAUGGCCAGUCUCCAGAUAGUGGGUUAGAACCUUGGCUGAACUGUGAUUCAAAUCCUCCUGAUAUCUACUGCAUUGGAUUCCAAGAGCUGGACUUGAGCACAGAAGCAUUUUUCUACUUUGAAUCUGUGAAGGAACAAGAGUGGUCUGUGGCUGUGGAGAAGAGUUUGCAUGCCAAAGCCAAGUAUAAGAAAGUUCAGCUGGUCCGCCUUGUUGGGAUGAUGCUCCUGAUAUUUGCCAGAAAGGAUCAGAGGCAAUAUAUCCAUGAUAUUGCCAUAGAAACAGUUGGAACUGGCAUCAUGGGGAAAAUGGGAAACAAAGGUGGGGUAGCUGUGAGAUUUGUAUUUCACAACACUACCUUUUGCAUUGUUAAUUCCCACCUGGCUGCCCAUGUGGAGGACUUUGAGAGAAGGAAUCAAGAUUAUAAGGACAUCUGUGCACGAAUGAGUUUUGUGGUCCCAAAUCAGACCCUCCCGCAGCUGAACAUCAUGAAACAUGAUGUUGUCAUCUGGUUGGGAGAUUUGAACUAUAGACUUUGCAUGCCUGAUGCCAAUGAAGUGAAGACUCUUAUUAACAAGAAUGACCUUCAGAGACUCUUGAAAUUUGACCAGCUAAAUAUCCAGCGCACACAGAAAAAAGCUUUUGCUGACUUCGUCGAAGGGGAAAUCAAGUUUAUCCCCACUUAUAAGUAUGACUCUAAAACAGACCGAUGGGAUUCCAGUGGGAAAUGUCGGGUUCCAGCUUGGUGUGACCGGAUUCUUUGGAGAGGAACAAAUAUUAAUCAGCUUCAUUAUCGGAGUCACAUGGAACUGAAAACCAGUGACCACAAACCAGUGAAGGUUGUGGAUGAACGGAGGUAUAGGAAAGUGUUCGAAGAUAUUGUACGCAUCAUGGACAGAAUGGAAAAUGACUUCCUUCCUUCCUUAGAACUCAGCAGGAGGGAGUUUGUGUUUGAGAAUGUGAAGUUUCGGCAACUACAGAAGGAGAAGUUCCAGAUCAGCAACAAUGGACAGGUUCCCUGCCAUUUUUCUUUCAUCCCUAAACUUAAUGACACCCAGUACUGCAAGCCAUGGCUUCGGGCUGAACCUUUUGAGGGCUACUUGGAGCCAAAUGAGACAGUGGAUAUUUCCCUUGAUGUGUAUGUCAACAAAGACUCUGUGACCAUUCUGAACUCAGGGGAGGAUAAGAUUGAAGAUAUUCUUGUCCUUCACUUGGAUCGAGGCAAAGAUUACUUCUUGACCAUCAGUGGAAAUUACCUCCCAAGUUGUUUUGGUACAUCCUUAGAGGCUUUGUGCAGAAUGAAAAGACCAAUCCGAGAAGUUCCUGUUACCAAGCUUAUAGACUUGGAAGAAGACAGCUUCCUAGAAAAGGAGAAAUCUGUUCUACAGAUGGUUCCCUUGGAUGAAGGUACCAGUGAGAGACCCCUUCAGGUCCCCAAGGAGAUCUGGCUUCUGGUAGAUCACUUAUUCAAAUAUGCCUGUCACCAGGAGGACCUGUUCCAAACCCCUGGAAUGCAGGAGGAGUUACAGCAGAUCAUUGAUUGUUUGGAUACCAGCAUUCCCGAGACAAUCCCUGGCAGUAAUCACUCUGUGGCUGAAGCACUGCUCAUUUUCCUGGAAGCCCUGCCAGAGCCUGUGAUCUGUUACGAGCUAUAUCAGCGAUGCCUUGACUCUGCUCAGGAGCCUCAGAACUGCCGACAGAUAAUUGCCCAGCUUCCAAGAUGCCAUAGAAAUGUUUUCCAUUAUUUGAUGGCAUUCCUUCGAGAACUUCUAAAAUUUUCUAAACACAACAACGUCAGCAACAACGUGAUUGCUACUCUCUUCACUAGUCUUCUCCUAAGGCCUCCACCCAACAUUAUGGCAAGACAGUCUCCAAGUGACCGCCAGCAUGCUAUCCAGUUCCUUCUGGUUUUCCUUGAGAGUGACAAAGACUACUAAGCCUUUUCCGUUUACUACUCUCUGAGAUUCUAGAGGUGGAAGGUGUUGGCACCAGGUAUUUCAGACUGAUUUGAAAAGUCAUGCCACAGGAAGGGUCUAUUGCAGAACUUUGAGGCUGCUGGCAUAAGAAAGUUCUGUUGCUAGAGCAAAAGGAAGAGAGUUUCCUAAUCCCUCUUACCAUAUCCUACACAGCAAAAUUCUUUUAGACUUAUAUUGCCAAGCCAAAGUUACCAUAUUUUGGUGUUUCUGUGUUCUCUCUCUAUAAGGUAAAGAGAUCAGUAUUUAUACUCCUUUGCCUGGGGAUGUGUUUGUUGCCCUCCUGUCAAGUUGUCAUGAUUGUCCUUAGCAACCUAGGCCUAGAUUCUGAAAUGUUCCCAUUCUAGGCCUACAAGCACUACUUGCUGUAGUCCAGACUUCUCUAUAGUCCUUCGUCUAAAGCACUUUGCCCCACCCCACCCCUUAUCACUGCUUUGCACUCCACUCUGCUAGUAUUAUUACAUCCAAGGAAGUCUCAGCAGGCCGGUGACUCCUCGGGUGUCCCCCAGCAGUGAGAUAACCCUCUACAUAUGGUUGCUACAUGCAUUUAUGCAUUCCUACUACAGUGGCUCCUGUGUGUCUCUGUAACAUUGGCCUUUUCGUGGAUCUUCUCUGGGUGGAACUAUAUUCUCUUGUCUCAGACCAUAUUUAGUAGCACAACUUUAGGGUCUAUUAGAGAUGGCAUCCCAUUGAUGUGAAAGAUCACAAUCAGAGUAGAAACACUGAGUAUUUCAAGAGUGAGAAUAUUCAUGUCUGACAGGUCCUUUUUACCAUCCCUUUCUGUUCUUACUCAAAUUUGACAUGAAAACAUCCUCAGUGUCUAAAGGACCCAUCCCCCAGUUAGAAAUCCACCUCUGGAGCUACAUGUGCACCUCAAGUGGUGCUAGCGAUGCUGCUCCUUCGCCCAGCAAGGGUAUGGAGGAUAACCGUUUGAGCCCUCUCUCUGGCCUCCUCAAGUUCCAGGGGACAGAUGUUGCCCGCUCCCUCAUCAGGGCUGACUCUGGUCUCUACCACCAGCCCCCCAUGGCUCCCAGUCACCUUAUUCAGUGCCAUGUAAAAGAGACUGUACAGUGGGACCAACCAAGGCACCUUUCUCUCCCACCCUAGACAACCCUCUGAGCUUUUCAUUUACUCAAGCUCCAUGAGGCAGUCUUCUUUUUUUUUUUUGACAUUAGUCUCUGUUGGUUGGUAAAACCAGCCACCAGCCACUGACUCCCUGGUACAGUUGGUUUCCUCCUAGUUUUCUUUCAUUAAGACCACCCUGAGUCCACUCAUUCUUGCCUGUUAGCAUCAAAUCCAAGGAGCCUGACAUGCAAGCUCUGUGUCCAGUCUUGAGCUUUGGCUCCUGACUCUUCUAGCACAUCGAAGGAGAGAGCCAGGGGAAGCACCACUGCUGAGUGGUUCUCCAGUUCCCCCAUCUCUUAGAAGUUGAGCUCUUGGGGGAAAGAAAAGGUCUGUAUCCCGCAGUAUACUGGUUAAGCCCUUUCCUGUAGGGAGUUUUAGAACUAGGAGUCAAGUUAUGGGUGCCAAAUAGCUGCAGAUCUGAUAGGUCAGGAGCUUGGUGUUAAACUUGGCUAAUGGAAGACUGCAAGUAGAACACCUUUAUCACCUCCACUAGGCCAGAAAGUGAUCACAGGAGAGGCAGCUUACAGAAGCUGGGGCAAGGUCAUAACACAAAGAUGGGGAAAUGCCUUUCCUGUGCACAUUUGCUAGUAUAUUGCCAACCCAGGACCUUUGCAAGUCCAAGGGCUUAGUGGGGGCUGUGUGUAGCACCCUAGCUCUUUCUUCAUGAGGCUAAGAAAUGCACUAAGUUGGUUUACUACCAAAACUGUUUUUCCAGCUUUGGUCCUUGGAUGUACACAAGGUUCAGGGUUUUAGACAAUCUCUAGAUAGGGGAGACAAGAAAUGGAGCAGACCUAAGAAAUCUGCUUCCCCACUGUGCCUACUCCAGCACCCCAACCUCUAAUUCUCAAGUACCUCUAAUAUUCUAUUUCAUGGCUUCUCUGAAGUAAGGGAUUCAGAUCCAACUGGUACAGAAGGACGCUGCAUCUGUUGUUUUAGGGAAGAAAUGGUUGAAACCCAUGUGGUGACAUUGCAUUAGUCUCCUUUUCACUGUUUUCUGAUUCUUACUCUGUAAUUGUUGUACUUCCCAAAAAUGUCUUGGUCACUAAGCAAAGCUGCUAGUGAGAUUCUGUAUUUCAUGUCAUCUUUUUUAUUAUAAUUUAUUGCAGAUUUUUUCGGAAUAAAUAUAUGUU